GUCGUUUUGGAUAGUUGACUGACUAUGAGGGAAACGCCCAGACAAGUGCGCCAAAGCGGAGCAGCUGAUUUUUAAAAAAAAGUGUUCCGACCUUUAACCCAUUGUUUCCCGGGGGGCCUUUAGUUUUCGUCAACCGGUUUCUGUUUCCUCACUGAGAAUCAGCACGUGGCUGGCGGCUCUUCGCUUACUCAUCAGGGAAAACCCAACUUCCGCGUGCAGAGCUGACAGACGGACCUGCGCCGCGCGGGCGAGGGACUCACCUCACCUGAGCGUCAGGUGGACGGAAGCUCCGCUGCUUGGGAUACUCCACCCGAACCGGGAUCUGCGGAGAUGAGCGCUGGGUGGGCUUAUGGUCUUCACCGUCUUCUGAAAGUUUGAAAUUCAGGUGAAACCCUGGCAAUGCUGCAUAGUAGCGACUCCCAUCCAGAGGCCCAACUGGACUUCUUCCACAAGCUGGGCUACUCCACCGCUCAGGUGCACGCCGUCCAGCAGAAGUUUGGCCCUGACACAGACAGGGACAAGGUCCUGGGGGAGCUGGUCCAAAGCAGAGCCGGACAGAAGCAGAGGGCCGUGACCACCCUGUGCGCGCUGGUGUCCAGAGGGGACACGCAGAAUGUGGGGCCCGCCCUGCAGCUGCCCGUCCCUGACUGCUCCAUGGAGGGCAGGGAGCAGGGCAGCCAGGACACCCUGAGGGCUGUGGUCAUUGACGGCAGUAAUGUGGCCAUGAGCCACGGGAACAAGGAAGUGUUUUCCUGUCUGGGAAUCCAGCUGGCGGUGAACUUUUUUCUGGACCGAGGCCACAAGGACAUCACUGUUUUUGUGCCAUCCUGGAGAAAAGAGCAGCCGAGACCGGACGUCCCCAUCACAGAUCAGCACAUUCUGCGAGACCUGGAGAGGAAGAAGAUUCUGGUGUUCACUCCAUCCCGCCGGGUUGCAGGCAAGCGUGUCGUCUGCAAUGAUGACUGCUUCAUCGUCAAGCAUGCCUUUGAGUCCGACGGCAUCAUGGUCUCCAACGACAUGUAUCGAGACCUGCAGGCUGAGAAGCCCGAGUGGAAGCGCUUCAUCGAGGAGAGGCUGCUCAUGUAUUCCUUCGUCAACAACAAGUUUAUGCCUCCUGAUGACCCACUGGGCCGCCACGGACCAAACCUGGAGAAUUUUCUGCGCAAGUUCCCAAAAGCGAAGAAAAAACAGCCGUGUCCCUAUGGGAAGAAAUGUACCUAUGGGGUUAAGUGUAAAUUCCACCAUUCUGAGCGAGCAAAACACUCCAACCGCACAGUGGCAGAUGAGCUACGGGACUCUGCCAAGCCCUCGUCCUCCUCCCAGAACCCAGUGUCGGGCCACUACGGAUCCGCUCCAGGACCCAGUUUCACUUUGGAGGAGGACAUGGCUCUAAAACUGAGUCUGGGAAACGAAAACGGAUCCUUAAAGAAAAGCAGCCAAUCAAAGGCGAGUCAUCGCUCAGGCAGAAAGUCCUCAUCAAGGAGGGAGAAGUUGGUCCAGCAGUCUGAUAGGACUUCAACGCCACAUGGUGCCUCUCAGGACCAGCUGGACUCUGGUUUGGGCUCUAUAGACAGUCAAACCUCCGAGGCAAUGUGGAGUGAUCAGUUCCCACAUACAAGCUGUCAGUGCAGGGGCGCCGUGGCCCACCAAUACCUCCCUCCCAAAGUGUAUCCUUGCAGCUGCUGUUCAGUAGACCCAUCUCUUCACAGUCCAUCUUUCCAGCCUCACAGCAUCAGGAGCCACACCACAGACGCUCCCUACAGCGCCCCCCACAACUGCCCCAGCAUGUACCUGCUCAGCAGACCUGCAUGCAGUCAGCCAGCCGAGUUCCAGAACAUAAGAGUCCAUUCUCGCCAGCAAUCCCAUUGGUUGGACCCGAUUUCCAGUCAGCCGGAGGAGCGCCAGUUCCCCCCACCGGAACCAAACAAGGGGGAGAGGGACAUUGUGCGGAAGAAGCUGCUCGCCAUCUUCAGUGCCCAGCUGGUGGACACUGCUAUGGAGGCGUUCCCUCAGCUGCUGGACCCGCAGCAGCUGGUGAGGGAGAUCCUCCUGCUGCAGAGUCAGGGCCGCUCGUUCAGAUGAGCCUGGUCCAGCCUGAACCCGUCUCUCAGUGGAGAGACCCAAAACCAGCAUGAGUUUGAGUAUCGUGGUAUCCACCAUGCCGACAUUCGCCUGGCAGUUGAUGCAAAUUGUGUCUUUAUUUCAAAUAUGAGAUAAACGUUAAUCUCACUCUGGUGCAGUCCAGCUCUCACUGCAGAAACAUUAAGCUACGUACACACCGGGCAUGUGCUGUGAGUUCAAGAAUGCCUCGUUUGCAUAUGGCGUUCACUCUGGACCACAUAACAGCACAUGUACUCACAGUUGGAAGAGGCUCCAGGCUUUUUCUUUCACAGCUCCAUUCUGAGAUACGAAAGACUUGGUGUCACACAAUUCUGUCUGGGCACAAACUGUAAAUUUUAAUUUCUCCUUGAUCAAUUUUCAAAUUGCCAAAUCCAAGUCAAAGUUCAACUAGUUGAACUUUUUAACUCCCGUGUCUUUUACUGAGAGCUCGAGAACAUACUUAAAAUCUUAUAUAGUGAUGUGUGAACCUGAAGUUUUGAACGCGGCAGCCUUUGCAUAGAAUUCCCAUUGGAAGUGGUCGCUUGAACGCACAUUCCCAAGCCCGGUGUCGAACGUAGCAUUGCAAAGUCAACCAUGUCAGCCAUGAUAGGUUUUUAACCAGACAGGUACAGCUAAUCUCAUCUGUCACAGAGUUACAGACAGAUUUUCUGUCCAUACAGCAGUUGUUACUUUAUUUUAGGGCAGAAGUUGGAGUUUCCUUUUUUUCUGUCACAUUAAACGGAAGAAACUUGAUCGAUUAUAUUUUGAUCUACUUUCAAAGCAUUCCCUGCAUUAAAAAAAAAUUUGAUUGUGACGUUUUUAGCCAAAAUCAAAAAAGCUGUUGUUUUUUGGACAUAGUACUGCAGAGCAGCAGUAAUUCACCUCUGAAUUGUGGGUGGGACCAUUAGUGUGGAGCAACCCUGCCUCCCUUUCUCUCUCCAUGCGGAGCAGAGCAGGCAGCUUUUGACUCAUCCAGCAUACUACCUAUGAAACAAAUAUCUUUUCAAGGUGCUAUUUUUUCAUCUGCAGAUUGAAUAAAGAAAUACUCAGAAAUGCAAAUUUUAGUUUAAUUUUCCCUUUAUAGGUCCAUCAUUAGAAAAUGCUACAAGAACCCUUUAAACCCUGUAAGAGGAUUUAAAUGCUUUCAUGUACUAGAUAUUUUUAUUUAGUGGCUCAUUGACACAAAAAUGACUUUAGCAAGUUAUUACCUAAGGAACAGCCAGUCAAAAAAUAAAAAGCCAGUUUAAAAUCAGGUACAAAGAUUGGACUGAAAGUCUGAAGUUUUACAGUAAGUCAGAAAAAUAAAUAUCAGAUAGAGAAACAUCAUAGAACAUCACAUCUCAGAAGACUUACCUUUGGACUUAAACUUAGCUUAACUUUAAGUCAUGACAAAUCUUAUUCGACUUUUUUGUUAUAUUGACUCCUUGUACAUUUACAGUCUAGGACCUCAGUUUUGACCCUAAACUCAUUGACGCCUCGUCAUGCAGCCGCAUGUUUGUAAAUCAGAAGGUAAAAACUGUUGUAUGCGCUUGAGUAUUAAUGUACAACUGUCUGUUUGUGUCAUAUUGGCGCCAUCUUUGUGUCUUCAUGACCACUUUUAUUAUAAUAUUAAUGUUAGGAACCUGACAGAGAUUUACACGUUUAGCACAGAUAACCCCAUGUGGUAUUGUUCUUGUUCUUGUAUUCAGCUCAGCUGUAUAGCAUCGUUUUUUGAGUAUCUACUUGUACGGACGGCAUAGCCAUCUUUUGUGUUCAAAUAAAGUUGCCAAAUAA